AUGAAGCAAGCAAAACUCGCCUUCACCCCCGCGCCCAAUAAGCCUGCAAAGGUCUUACAAGAAACAACAAAAGAGGGUGCCGCCGCAGUAGCCUCCCACCACCACCUCCACCACCCUCUCCGCGCUCGCGGGCAUCUCGCGGGCCCUUGCCGCUGCCACCCUGUCCCGACUAGUAUCGGGAUACCAGGACAAGAGUGGCGGGGCUACGGGCCCGCAUUGAGGAACGAAGCUAGUUGUCUGGGUGCAAACAGAGCAGACAUAGCGACGACGACCGCCAACGCCCCCUAG